GCGGCCAUUGCAGACAGCCAUUUUAUCCCCACGAUCCAGUAAACGACCUCCCUGAACGAGAAGUGCGCAAUCCCUUAUCAGCGCAGGACCCGCGGUCGCAUUUUCAUCGACCGCACUCCGCAGUCUUGUGAUGUCGUCUCCAACACCAGUCCUUUGGUCGCCUUACAAGUACCCCAACAAUGCCAUUCACAUGCAAUGCACCGAGCCCUCUAGCUUACAGACCUCUGACUGCCGUUUCGGGGCCCAUGAUGCGAACAUUCCAUUCUUGGCGCCUUGACCUGGUCUUCUUCUUCCUCUCUGCCACGACCUCUGCGUCAGAUAUCACGUCUUUCACCGACACCAAGUGUACACGCUCGUGGCGCGCACUGGAUGCAGUCAAUGGCUACCCGGAGGGGAUGUGUAAGCCGUUGAACGUUACGACAGGGCAGAGCUUUCAGAUUCAAGAACUGGAUCGAGGCUGCGCAGUCACACUGUAUGGGGAGAAUUCCGGCCCACUCUCCUGUUCCAGUCCGACUAAGAUAGUUGGCCGUCUCGCGACUUGCUACGACUCAUCGUGGGUAUAUUACUCGAUUGACGGGUGUCUCCCACCCCCUUUGUCAAGCACCAACCCAGCGUUCAUGAAGCCAACAGCGAUCGGUCCGUCCGCAUCGGGAACUGCGAGUCCAGCGGCUGUGCCCGAGUCAAAGGUUCAUCCUGGUGUAAUUGCUGGAUCUGCCGUCGCUGGAGUUUCGUGCGUCGCUCUGGGGUUGACGGGAGCGUUGAUGAUGGUCCGUCGCCGCCGCAGACGACGUACUCCUCAACCGACGCAUGAACUUUCCGAGGACCGUGCGCUCGCGGAAUCAGAUGCAGCAGCCGAGAGGAAAUAUCCUGAGGAGCUAUGGGCCGACCAUGCAGCAGUGGAGAUGGGGCGGAAUAGUCGCUUUGAAGAGAGGAUGAGAGACGCGCGGCCUGUCAGAAGUGUGAAUCCAUCAAUCCGGAUAUGUUUCGUGCCUUGACUAGACAUUUGAAAUAGCAUAGUUGCAUCCUAGUAUCAAUUAACAGUCAAGAGGUGGCUAGCUGAACAACGUAUCGUCUCCAUAAAUCGUAAUGUCAAUUUGGUACUGCUCAAGGCACUAGGGUUAACUGGGUUCAGGAUCUGGUCCAUGUGCGUUGACUUACUCGAUGGCUAUAGAGCCCCUUCCUCCACCCUCGAGUUGCGAAGCGGCACUGUCUUCUUCGGCAAAACUUUUCGAACACCUUCAACGCCGUGUCAAGUCGAUUAUAAUCAGAUCGUAGUGAACUCUAGAAUCACUUCGACCCUAGCUUAAGCUAGAAGAUCCGCAACAUUCAUGGGCAUCUCAUCGAUCUGAGUGGAGUAGUACA